CUUGCCAAACAUGAAAUUAAAAUUAAAUUGUGACUUUUGUUUAUGAGUUUACCAUACAUUUGUUCGUGUUUCCUAUCUAUUUCUGGUUAAUUCAAUCUCCCUUCUAUACUUUCGAGAAAAUAAUCCAAAUUUCAGAAUGAGCAACGAUAGAGUUACGAAGCAGCUUUCCAGUAUAGCGAAUCAUAUCUACCCAAAGCGUAUACCCAAAAUAAAAUUUGGUCCUGUGAAGGACGACCUGGGAUUCACGCUCAGCGAAAGAGUGGCCCUCAGGCAGGCUUGGAAUUUGAUCAGACCCUUUGAGCGGCGCUAUGGCCAAGAAGUAUUCUAUAGCUACUUACACGAUGUCUAUUGGGGCAUUCAUAAGUUCAGGAACGGAGUUGACCUGAACCUGAAAGCUCUGCACACGCAUGCGGUUAAGUUUAUCCAUUUUUUCGGUCUCCUGAUCGAAGUGGAGGACCCAGUGGUGUUCCAGCAGAUGAUCACUGACAACAACCUCACCCACAGCCGCUGCAAAGUGGGAUCCGCUUAUAUUGGGGAUCUGGCCCAGGCAUUGGUGAACUUAGUGCUGAAGGUUUCCCAUAAGGUCAGGUGCCCAUCGCUGGAAAGUGGCUUCAGGAAAAUCGUCGAGAAGUUUCAUGGCUACCAGGACCUCCAGGCAAUGAAAAACCCCGGAAAAUUGCCUGAGCAAGAUGAGAAUUAGCUAGACGCGUACUGGACUUCUGCUCUGAGUAAUCGCUUCCCGAUCCGUAUAUUUAUGACGAGAAUUGAGGGUCACACA